CGAACCUAUCAUUUUAACGACAAAAGGUCAAAAAGUUAAAAGUUAAAAUUGAAUGAUCACUGUUAUCACUAGUUGGACUUGGACCUGAGUCAAAUACGUAUGUACGGUGGUGCCUGGUGUAAUUAUUGAUUGAUUGACGGAACAGACUUUCUUGAAUACGAGUUUUCUCGACUUCUCUUUCUCGAAUCUACCAAACUCCACCCUCAUCCUUACACCUUACCCCACCGAAUAAAGUAGAGAUUUGACGUUAUUAGAGUACGCACGUAAGUACAUAAUGACAAAAACCGCAUUGGUGUUGCUUGCUGAUGGAACGGAGGAAAUGGAGGCUGUGAUAACUAUCGACGUCUUACGACGCGCUGGGAUUGCAGUUACUGCAGCUAGUGUACAGGAUAGCAAUUGCGUGAAAUGCAGCCGCGACGUCAAAAUCUGCGCAGAUGUUCUGUUUAGUAAUGUUCAAGAAAAGAGUUAUGACGUUGUUGUUUUGCCUGGCGGUCUCGGUGGAGCUAAGACGUUUACAUCUUCAGAGGAGGUUGGGAGGUUGUUACAAAAACAGGACAAAGAGAACAAAUUAAUAGCGGCCAUCUGUGCAGCUCCCACAGCUUUAAAAGUGCAUAAUAUCGGCAAAGGAAAACAAAUCACCUCUUAUCCAAGUAUGAAAAAGGAUUUGUGUGACUACUAUGACUACCAGGACAAUAAGAAUGUAGUGAUUGAUGGCAAUCUCAUAACUAGCCGAGGACCGGGAACGGCUUUUGAUUUCGGCCUAACUAUCGUUGAAACAUUAAUAAAUCUUAAAGAAGCCACAGAUGUCGCGAAUAAGUUACUAUAUAAAUACGAAAGCUGUAUAAGCGCUGUGUAAAUUUCUUCAAAUAUCACUUUGUAGUUAUGACUAUAAAGUUCUUGGUAUAUAAGUUUGGAUGCUUUCCACUAAUGAAACGCACUGUGUACAGUCAUAUACUGUGCAACACGGUAUUAAUUGAAACGUUGCUUAGUUUUUUUAUUUACUACUAGAGUGAAAUAAAGAAAAAAAAGGA